UCUGUUUUGUUUGCCGUGGUUUGUUUAGAAUCGUCGGAAUAUGAUAAGUCACCCUUUCUUUUAUGGCAGGCUAUUCUACCAAAAGGUAUCGCUCAUUCUUACAAACCUUAUCUUUGUCGGUUGAAUUUGUUUGUGUUCUGCUUUGUUUGCCCAUCUCUUGCUCCCACCAUGAGGAGAACAGCAGAAUAUCUGGGCUACGACACACAGAUGAUCAUGGGUGGUCGAAAACACGAAUUGUCUCCGGAGGAGUACAUCUACGGUGCGAUGCAGCUGUAUUGCGAUGUGGUCAACCUCUUUAUGAUUUUCCUUUCGCUCUUUGGAGUGAUGAGCAGGGACUGA